AGCCGGAGUGAUUCCUCCUGGUUAUACACCAUCUGUGCGCGGCUGCUCGGCGCUCAUGCCUGCCGUGGUGUCGGACUCCGGGAGGAUGGACGGUGUGUCGUUGGGACACUGCCUCUCAUGUCUUACCAGUCUGGUGGCCACACCGGCCUCGACACGUCCCGCCUGUGCCACGGACUCAGAGGAGGACACGGUGAAUGGAGGGAUGCACACCUUCAACCAGACGCACAUGAGGAAGGCUUUCCAGCUGAUGAACGACCUCAGGAGUAAAAAGAUGCUGUGUGACGUCCAGCUGGUGGCAGGCAGCGUGGAGGUGCCAGCUCACAGGGUGGUGCUGGCGUCCUGUAGCCCUUACUUCUGUGCCAUGUUCACAGGUGAUAUGAGUGAGAGCAAGGCCCAUCAGGUGGAGAUCAGAGAGGUGGACGGACAGACUCUGAGAAAGCUGGUCGACUACAUCUACACGGCUGAGAUCGAGGUCACGGAGGACAACGUACAGGUUCUGCUGCCGGCCGCCAGUCUCCUGCAGCUGAUGGACGUUCGUCAGGUGUGUUGUGAGUUCCUGCAGUCUCAGCUCCACCCCACCAACUGUCUGGGCAUCAGAGCCUUCGCUGACCUGCACACAUGCACGCAGCUCCUCAACCAGGCCCACGCAUAUGCUGAGCAGCAUUUCAGUGAGGUGGUGCAGGGAGAGGAGUUCCUGGGCCUUUCUCUGCAGCAGGUGUGCAGCCUCAUCUCCAGUGACAAACUCACCGUGUCCACAGAGGAGAAGGUGUUUGAGGCCAUGAUCUCCUGGAUCAAGCACGAUAAGCCGGCUCGUCUGGAGUACAUGCCCAAACUGAUGGAGUAUGUAAGACUUCCACUGCUGUCCAGAGACUACCUGGUGCAGAUUGUCGAGGAAGAGGCCUUGAUAAAGAACAACAACACCUGUAAGGAUUUUCUAAUAGAAGCGAUGAAGUAUCACCUGCUGCCAGCCGACCAGCGACACCUCAUCAAGACGGACAGGACCCGACCGCGAACCCCCAUCAGCAUCCCUAAAGUGAUGAUCGUGGUCGGCGGUCAGGCUCCCAAAGCGAUUCGUAGCGUGGAGUGUUACGACUUCCAGGACGAUCGAUGGUACCAAGUAGCCGACCUGCCUUCAAGACGCUGCCGAGCAGGUGUGGUUUCCAUGGCAGGCCGUGUGUACGCAGUCGGAGGUUUCAACAGUUCGCUGCGGGAGCGAACGGUGGACGUGUACGACGGCGUGAGAGACCAGUGGAGCGCGGUGGCGAGCAUGCAGGAGAGACGCAGCACGCUGGGAGCUGCAGUGCUGGCAGAUUUACUGUAUGCUGUCGGAGGCUUCAACGGAAGUAUAGGUUUGUCGACGGUGGAGGCCUACAACUAUAAAACCAACGAGUGGAUGUAUGUAGCCUCCAUGAACACGCGGCGCAGCAGUGUGGGUGUCGGGGUGGUCGAUGGUAAGCUGUAUGCAGUGGGAGGCUACGAUGGAGCGUCUCGUCAGUGUCUCAGCACAGUGGAGGAGUACGACCCCGUCAGUGAUCAGUGGUGCUACGUAGCUGACAUGAGCACACGGCGCAGCGGAGCAGGCGUGGGCGUGUUGGGCGGUCAGCUGUAUGCAGCAGGCGGACACGACGGUCCUCUGGUGAGGAAAAGUGUUGAGGUGUACGACCCGCAGACCAACGCCUGGAGACUCGUCUGUGACAUGAACAUGUGCCGACGAAACGCAGGUGUCUGUGCCAUUAACGGGCUGCUGUACGUGAUCGGAGGCGACGACGGCUCCUGUAAUCUCUCCUCCGUAGAGUUUUACAACCCAGCCACAGACAAGUGGAGCCUCAUUCCCACCAACAUGAGCAAUGGACGCAGCUACGCUGGAGUCGCAGUGAUUGACAAGCCAUUAUGACCGGAAGCUUCCAGCAGCAUCGGCUCUGCGUCGGCGACCCAUCCCACAGAGACUCACGCUGACGCCCGACAGGCAAACUGAGAAGUAACGCCAUCUGGACGGGACGCCCUCAGUCCUCGGCUGUCUUAGUAAUGAAGGGAGGAGGCUUUUUGUCCGAAACAUUUCCGUUAGUGAGACCCUGACUUUGAGGGACGCUGUUGCACUGGAAAAGAAACGAUAUCCACACGACGGUGGGCCUGCAAGAACUUUGUCUUGGUGAGAUGUUUUGUUUUUUUCAAAGGCCAAGCAGAUAAUCUGUGGCUGUAUCAGCUCACAUGAGACUCACUGAGACGCUGAUGGACUCGGGAAAGAACCCGACACGGAGUGACUGAAUGAACUGUGUCAAACCUGGGAGCCUUUUUUUUGUUUUUUUGUUUUUUUUUAAUUCUGAUACUUGCCACAGUUCCCCAGACUAUAAAUUGGCUUAUUUGCUCAGCGUGUUUUUAAGAAAUGAGGCAGGUUGUUUGUUUCCUGUGCCGACUGUCAGCUGGUCCAGAGAGCUGAGGUGUAUCAGCGGUCGCCUGGUUGCAGAGUGUAUUUGUUCUCAACCGGGACCGAGAGCGCUGCGAGAUAAUUUAAAGAAUGUACAAAACAUCUUAUAUGCAAAUAACGCUAUUUAAUAUUUUUGAGAUUGUUUUUAAAAAAAGGUUAAAAACUGCUUAAAAACCACUGCUGUGACUUUAAACCCAGGCUGGUCGAUCCGAGUCGACGCGGCAGGACUCGAUUCUGUCGUCGACACACUACUGAUGCACUGAUCACUUGCACUGACCGACCCGGACCGGCCGGCUCGCUGUUCUGACGCGCCGAUCGGCCGCCCGGACGUCUGCCCGUCUCUCUGACUGAUCGAACUGUAUCGCUGAGACAGACGGCCGCUCGGCUCUCCGUCUCCAUUUCUGAUCGUACUCGUCGGAGCAUUUAAACGCUCCACGAGAAAGGCCAAUUAAGUUCAUCCGAAAUUGUAAGGAUAAAAAAAAAAAAAAGUGCCAGUUAGGAUGAUCAUGCUGGAGUCACGUGGUGUUUUCGUCUCUUCGUGACAAACUGAAAUGAGGAAAUGUUAGUUUGAGUGUCAACAUGCACUGUAGGAAAACUCAGCUGUAAACUGAUGAUGUAAAAGAUGCAGUUUUAAGAUUUUCUAUUUAUUGUUUUGGGACAAUAACGAUCACAUUCAGCAUUUAUUGAUAUCAAAGUGAAGUUCUCGUUUCAUUUUGUCGGCCUUGUGUUCCUCUCACACUGACUCAGAUGAAGGUGGGUG